CUACAAGAACAAAACAAAAUAAUAGUUAAAUUAGUAAGUAGAGAUCUAUGGCAAUUAUUCAACCAAGAAACUACAGAAAUGGUGCUCACAAAGGAAGGAAGAAAAUUAUUUCCAAAACUUGAAUAUCAAAUAGAAGGAUUGAUUAAAACUGAAAGUUAUAUUUUAUGCGUGCAGUUUAGACGAGUUGAUAAUUUCAGGUAUAUAUUUCUUAAUGGUAAAUGGUUAGAAGCUGGUCCAGGAGAACCAAUCACAGCCGUAAAAUCUGUAAAUCAUCAUGAUCAACCGAUUCGAACUGGAGAAAAGUGGAUGAAUGGUAUAGUCUCAUUUGACAAAAUCAAAAUCACCAACAGUCCAUCAGAGAGCAUUUAUUAUGUGCAACUUCAUUCGAUGCAUAAAUAUCGGCCAGUUUUGCUAAUUUAUCGUCUUUUGAUGAAUGAAGCACAUUUAGUGGCGAUUUAUUCAAAAAGUUAUACAGAUUUUAUAGCAGUAACAGCUUAUCAAAAUCAACGAAUUAUCGAAUUGAAAGUUGAUAAAAAUCCGUUUGCAAAAGGUUUUCGAGAGGGAAAUGAUCGUAAAAAGUCGAUUCACUCAAGUAAAUUUUAUUAUUUCGAAUGA